AAGCUGUUUCAAAACUCCGUUUUCAACGGGGAUACUUGUAGUCAACUAAAUUCCUUGUAUUAGGACCUCAAUUCCGGUGUCAUUGGUGAAUGACCGAAAAUGUUUCACAGCAGGUUGUUUGUCAGGCUGCUUUUGCAGCAGGGUGGAGUCAGGCACUGCUAUACAGGAACAAGAAAGAACAUCUACAUCAACAAGAACACGAAGGUCAUCUGCCAGGGUUUCACAGGGAAGCAGGGAACGUUUCACAGUCAACAGUCUCUUGACUACGGCUCCCAGUUAGUUGGAGGCGUCUCCCCUGGCAAGGGCGGUAAGACGCACCUCGGGCUGCCAGUCUUCAACUCAGUCAAGGAGGCAAAGGAGGUAACAGGGGCAGCUGCCUCCGUUAUUUAUGUACCCCCUCCGUUCGCGGCAGCAGCCAUCAUCGAAGCCAUUGAUGCAGAGAUGCCCCUGGUGGUGUGCAUCACUGAGGGCAUCCCCCAGCAGGACAUGGUGAGAGUAAAACAUAAGCUCCUGCGCCAAAGCACCACUCGCCUCAUAGGCCCCAACUGCCCAGGAGUCAUCAAUCCUGGAGAAUGCAAAAUUGGAAUCAUGCCAGGCCAUAUUCACAAGAAAGGAAGAAUUGGCAUUGUGUCUAGAUCGGGGACCCUGACAUAUGAAGCUGUACACCAAACUACACAAGUCGGCCUGGGCCAGUCAGUCUGUGUUGGUAUUGGCGGGGAUCCAUUCAAUGGUACAAACUUCAUAGACUGUCUGGAGGUGUUCCUGCAGGAUCCCAAGACAGAGGGCAUCAUCCUUAUUGGAGAAAUCGGAGGCAGUGCAGAGGAGAAUGCUGCAGAGUACCUAAAACAGCACAACUCUGGUGCUAAUUCAAAGCCCGUAGUGUCCUUCAUCGCGGGGCUAACUGCUCCUCCCGGCCGUAGGAUGGGCCACGCAGGUGCCAUCAUUGCUGGGGGAAAGGGUGGAGCCAAAGAGAAGAUUGCAGCUCUGCAGUCAGCUGGAGUUAUCAUCAGCAUGUCCCCUGCCCAGCUGGGUAGCACUAUGUUCAAGGAGUUUGAGAAGAGGAAAAUGCUGUAAAAUGUGUGAGAAGGUGCUCGACCUUUUACCCGUUGCCCUAAAAGUGAGAUGAACAGCCUGAUUCUGGAGGUGGUUAUACCCUACAGUAACAGAGAUCAUUUGAGCUACAAUGUGCACAUACUCUGUUUAUAUUGUAAUUUAUACCAUGAACUUGUACCUUGCAAAGAAGGAAUAAAUCCUAGUGUCUUAAUGGUGUCCUAAAGAAGUUAUUGUAAACAGUUUAAAAACUAAACAGGUUUCCUCCACAACAAUGUCAACAGCUGAAGGAAGGAUACCAUGCUAACCUCAUCCUGCUGUGCUCAAGCUGUAAGACAUAUCCCAUCACUCAUUCCACUGGCUGUCCAUGUGAAUAAGAAACAUUUCUCCUAUCUUUUUUUUCCACUUUGUUGUGUCUUAUACAGUUGUUUUUUUCUUCACAUGGCACAUUUGAGAAACAGAUGUGGUCACUAUACGACAAGCUUGUCUGUCUCCACAUUUCUUGCAUGUUAAAGUAACAUAAGGAGCAUAAAACUUAGCAUAUGUAAGGGAACAGAACAGAAUAUGUGAUAUCAAAUGUUUCUAAGCUUUUCAGCACCAGCUGUGCUACUUCCACGUUGUCUGUACAGAUUCAAAUACGAAAUCAAAUGCCUUCAAGCUAAAUAUCAGAAUGUUAAGAGUUUCUGAAAACUGUUCUGGGUUAUAUAGUCUGUAAUUAUAGUAUUUGGUUUUAGUCAGGCUUCUAUAAUGUUAAGACUAUUAAGACGAGAAGCAGUAGACAGUCAAACAGUACUCAUUGGUCAUUUGGAGAGUCGUUUUAAGGCCAUCUCCUUUUUUUUUUUUAUUAAUGUCAUCUGGCAGAGUUUAAAGUGCUCUGCAAAAGAGGCAUAAUUUUAUGAUAGUUGUAAGGGGGUCAGGGGCACAAAUAUGUUUCUUGAAUGAACCGUGUGAACUUACUCUCUUUUAGCAAACUCUCUCGCUCUAAGAGAUUUUAUUCCCCUUCAUUAACUCUCUUUAUGGAAUGAAAGGAUGUACAAGCCUCAGAACAAAAUGCCAGAGAGGAUUAAAGGGUCCAGUGGAGAAGAGCUAUUGUGAUUGACUAAGGCUGGCAUGUUCCCAGCUUACUAGUCUGUUAGCAGUUAGGUUGGCAACUAUAGUAGUUCACUAACCAGUCCUGUGACUAGGCACUACAGCACUAAGCUACUACUAGAACUCAAUACUUGGGCUUCUUUUGGGCAAUAUAAUGAAUUUAAUUAUAUUAACUUGGACUUCUAUAAACCUAUAAAUAAAUCUAGAAAACACUGACAGGUAACUCUGGAAAUAAUUAUUAGUUACUAUUCUAAUUUAUCUUCCCAACAGUUCCACACUAUAGGAUAAUAUUUAAAAUGUUUUUUAAGUGUCUUUCAUAAAAAGUAUUGUUCUUGACAUUGCCUUAUUGGUUUCAUAGAGGGGAAAAAACUAGAGAGUUAAAAUGUAAAAUUACUACCGACAACUCACUUUAUGAACAUGCAGUCUGUGUGAAUAUUCAGUGGAAAGUUUCAGGUUAGACUCUAAUUAAGACAAACCUCCAAGUUCCACGGAAACAGUAUAGGUUAAAUUAACAUCUCAUUACUGUACACAAGGUGAAAUUAGACUGAGUGGAGGAAAAUGAAAGGGGAAGAUAAGGUUACAGUUGGUUCUGCUUCCACAGAAUCUUUUUAUAUUAACACACUAGGAACAAAAAAGUGUAAUGAAGCAUGUAAUGCCCUACACUGGACAUCUCUACAGCCUAUUCUUAUCUGCUUCACAGCAGUCAGCCAAGGCAGAUUAUUCUGUGUACACAUUGUUAACAAUUACUUUUUAAUCUGCAUUAGUGAAUUAACAUAAUGACUGACAGUGGAUCAGAAAACUUGUUUAUUUAUUGGCUCAGAAGUUCCGUCUUGUGCUGAAGUUGCCAAGCCUUAUUCUGCUUUGGUGUGUCUCAUAUAAGAUGUAAAAGAGGCCAAAGUUUGCCUUCUGGUGGUGCUUCACUGCUGUUUUUAGCUUUAUACAACUUUACUCUAAUUAAGGACAGAUUCAAAGUGAAAGUUUCUGUCAACCUGAAAAUAAACACUUUAAAUUGGUAGCAUUAAAGAACACCAUUGUUGAAGUUGCACAAAAUGAAGUUAGUUUGCUGCUGCACCAUGUGAAGUCAACCACAAGAUGUGCUUUUUACUUAGCAAGAGCCACACAAAGCAUGACAUCUUAAGAUUCAUU